AUGUCACCUUCCCCGGUGCCAGCUUCUUCUGAGCCCGUUAAGGGCAUGCGGAAAAAUGGAAAAAACUGGCAUGACAUCAAAAAGCCGUUCCGUCCUACUAGUGGCCUAUCCUCAUAUGCAAAAAGACUGGAAGCACGCAAACACCAAGAAGCCGUCAAGGAGCAUGAAAGGGAGUUGAAGGAGGAGAGGGAGGCCGAACGAAAUGCACACAUUAAAUCUAUCAGAGAACGUAGGGCGGCAAAGGAGGAGAAAGAGCGCUUUGAGAAAAUGGCGCAGAAGAUGCACCAUAAAAGAGUUGAACGACUGAAACGAAGAGAGAAACGUAACAAGUUACUUAACUCAUAA